AUGUUUUUUAUUCUUUUGAUGCUUUUUAUUAAUGGCAUUGAAGUUUUUUCUAUUAAUCAACAUAAAUUUUGUCCAACAGCCAAAUGGAAUUCGGAUGCAUCGACUUUUAAUGAAAAAAUUAUUGCGAUUAAAGGUUCAUCGAUGUUUAUCGAUAAAAAAAAUACAAUUUAUGCUCUUAGUCGUGAUAAAGCUCGAAUUCUGAUAUGGCCUAGUGGUCAAAUUCAACCAAUCAUAAUUAAUUGCACAACUGAAGCAAGACUUCAUUUUAUGUUUGUUUCAAACAUUGGUGAUAUUUAUAUUAGUGCUACUGACAACACAAUUACUCAAUGGAUAGCAAAUACAAAUGAAUUUGUUGAUAUUAUGACGCUUGGAACACUAUGCUGGAGUAUGUUUAUUGAUGUUAGUGAUAAUUUAUAUUGUACAAUGUUAACACAUCAUAAAGUUAUAAGAAUGUUUUUCAAAGGCGACAUACUGAUGAAUAUAAAAGAAAUAGCUGCUACAGGUUUUGGGGGUUCGGGUCCACAUGAAUUAGAGAGACCCCACGGAAUCUUUGUCGAUACAAAUUUCGAUUUGUAUGUAGCAGAUUGUGAUAAUCAACGAAUACAAUUCUUUUUAUCUGGAGAAAAAAAUGGAAAAACAGUGGCAGGGCGCACUUCAUUAGAUAUUACUAUUACGCUUCAUGACCCAGUGUCAAUUGUGUUGGAUGCUGAUAAAUAUCUUUUCAUUUCGGAUUCUUUAAAUCAUCGUAUAAUUGGAUCAGGACCAAAUGGUUUUCGAUGUUUAAUUGGAUGCCGUAGUGAAGACGUUGAAUCGGAUCAAUCUAUAUCACCAGCACACUUAACUUUUGAUGUUGAUGGAAACAUGUUUGUUAUUGAUUAUAACGAUGCACGAAUUCAAAAAUUUGAUAUUGAGAAAGAUUCUUGUGUAAAUGUUCCUACAACUAUUCAAACGGUGUAUUCAUCUACUUUAACAACAAAUCAUUCAAUGUUUUCACGUACUAUAUUCAAUAAUUCAAACUAUUAUUAUGAAGCUAUACAAAUAGCUGUGACUAAAAACGACUUCUAUAUUCUCACCGGCAAUAGUACUAUUAAUCUUUACGGUUUUCUUUAUAAAGAUUUUUUCAGUCCAUUCAUUCCUACGGCAAAUCUCAUUGCAUGGUAUGGAAACUGUUGUGAUAAAGAGCAAUUUAAAUUCACACUUGAACUUAAAAUCGGUAUAAAAUACAUUUUGGUUAUAACAACAUAUAAUCCAAGAGUGAUAGGUUCUUUCUCAAUUAUACUAUUCGGUUCAAAUAUGGUUCAUUUCGAACAGAUCGAUGCUAAAUCAGUCAUCAGAUCAACGUAUUCAUCUCAAUUAACGAAUAAUCAUCCAGUAUAUGAUCGUUGGAAUUGUUAUCUAGGACAAGAAUUUCAUUAUGAAGAAAUGCAAGUGGAUGUAAGCGAAAGUGAUUUUUAUAUUAUUCUUAGCACUGGUGAUGAUAUAAAUGUGGCUAGUUAUAUAUAUGAACGUGAUUUUUAUCCUCAUAGUGCACUUGGAAACUUAAUCUCGGACAGAGAUAAUGGUUAACGUUAUACAAUGGAUAAAUUCACGAGCACUGCAUUAAACAUAACAGCAACUAGUCAGACAUAUGAAAAAGAUUGCAUACUCAAAAAACAUUACUAUACAACUCGACAAUUAACCGUAUCUAUGGAUUCAUAUUAUACUGUUAUAGCUGCGACUGUCAAUCUUCGUCCAUACAUGAACAUUUAUGAAAAUCAUUUCAACCCGUUAGAUUCAAAUAAAAAUGUAAUUCCAAUUAAACAUCAUUGUGGGAGUUAUCACUUUUACAAACUCAUGGUUUAUCUUCGAGCGAAUAAUACAUACAUAUUACUUGUGACAAGUUAUAAUCCAUCGAUAACAGGAGCAUUUACAAUUCAGGUGGUUGGUUCGGACACUGUUACUUUUCAAGACAUAGCUAUUAAUUCAACUUAUUGUUAUAUUGGUGGUUCAUGUAAUAUUCAAGUUAAAAGUAUUGGAUUAACUCUUGAUGAUAUUUUACGACGUCAAAUCAAUCGAAGUUUCACAAUCAAUGAUCAACCAUUUGCAAUUAAAAUGAGCGCUGCUUUAACAAUGAUUAUGUUUAUUGCAGGUGUUGUUAAUAGUAUUCUUUCGAUUUUAACUUUUCAAAAUGAAAGUUUACGACAAGUUGGAUGUGGAUUGUAUCUAUCUGCAUCAUCAAUAACGUCUCUUUUGACAAUAACUAUGUUUGCAAUUAAAUUUUGGUUUGUUGUUAUUACACAAAUGAACACAUCUAUUCAUUUAACUGUUCUCGAAGGUGGUUGUAAAUCAAUUGAAAUUCUUCUGAAACUUUUCUUUUAUUGUGAUACUUGGCUCAAUGCAUGUGUGGCUGUUGAACGUGCGUUUAAUGUUUAUAAAGGAGUCAAUUUUAAUAAAGAAAAAAGUAAAUAUUUUGCUCGAUGGAUCAUAUUUAUUUUACCAUUUUGUAUUAUGACUACAAUCAUUCAUGAACCUCUCUAUCGUCAAAUCUUUCAUUAUGAUGAAAGAGAAAAAAUUACAGAUGAAUGGAUAGAAUAUUUUGUGAUAGAUAGACAUACAUGGUGUACAACUUCUUAUUCUCAAUCAAUUCAAGAUUAUAAUACAGCUAUUUUAUUUAUUCAUGUUCUUGGCCCAUUUAUGGCAAAUCUUUUUUCUGCUUUAUUCAUUAUUAUUCAAAGUGCUCGACGACGAUCCGAAGCACAAAAAAAACAAACUUUUCAACAGCAUCUUCGUGAACAAUGGAAUGAGCAUAAACAACUUGUGAUUAGUCCUUUUAUUUUACUACUUUUAUCAACACCACGUUUGAUCAUUUCUUUAUUAUCUGGAUGUGUUGAUGUAUUUAGUCAUUUAUGGUUAUAUCUUUCUGCUUAUUUUAUUUCGUUUUCACCUUCGAUACUUGUUUUUAUUGUAUUCGUUAUUCCAUCGAGUUCUUAUAGGAAAGUUUUCAAACAAACACUUUUUCGGAUUUUUAAACGACAAUGA